AUGAGCAGCAAGAAAGAACAACAGCUAAGGAAAUACGGGACCUUAGUAGUGCUUUUUAUCUUCCAAGUUCAGAUUUUUGGUUUUGAUGUUGACAAUCGACCUACAACAGAUGUCUGCUCGACACACACAAUUUUACCUGGACCAAAAGGGGAUGAAGGUGAAAAAGGCGAUAGAGGAGAAGUGGGCAAACAAGGAAAGGUUGGACCAAAAGGACCAAAAGGAAACAAAGGACCUGUGGGGGAUGUUGGUGACCAGGGAAUGCUUGGGAAAAUCGGUCCAAUUGGUGGAAAGGGUGACAAAGGAGCCAAAGGCUUAUUGGGGGUUUCUGGAAAAAAGGGAAAAGCAGGCACGGUCUGUGACUGUGGAAGAUACCGCAGAGUUGUUGGACAACUGAAUAUCAAUGUUGCUCGUCUUAACACGUCCAUCAAGUUUGUAAAGAACGUUAUAGCAGGUAUCAGGGAGACAGAUGAGAAAUUCUAUUACAUCGUAAAAGAAGAGAAGAAUUACAGAGAAGCCUUAAUCCACUGCAGGGACAGAGGAGGAACACUGGCCAUGCCUAAAGAUGAGGCAACCAACGCCCUGAUUGCUGACUACAUCUCCAACAGUGGCCUCUUCCGAGCCUUCAUUGGGCUGAACGACAUGGAAAAAGAAGGACAGUUUGUGUAUGCAGACAACAGCCCACUGCAGAACUACAGUAACUGGAAGGAAGGGGAGCCUCACGAUGCAGCUGGCCGCGAGGACUGUGUGGAAAUGCUCAGCACGGGAGAGUGGAACGACUCUGAGUGCCAAGUCACCAUCUACUUCGUCUGUGAAUUCCUCAAGAAGAGGAAAUAA